AUGCUGCUGCCGGCCUGGGAAAGGCGUCUCUACGGGCUCCUCGCCGUGGGCUCUCACCUCUAUGCUUUCUACGAAGCGCACCAAGUGUCUCGAAAGUAUGAAGCUGCGAUGGACAGAAAGUUUGGGCUGGAACCAGGGAUUCUCUUUCAGGGCCUCAAAAAGGACCCCAUGGACUUUGAAUGGAGCUACUGGAUAGAAUGGGGAAGGGAACGUAUACUGUGGCUUCUGGCUGGUCACCUGCUGGUAUCACAAGUGUCCAGGCUCUUGGUGGAGAAGUAUAAACCAUGGUGCUUGAUGGUUUAUGGAAUGGCUGCCUGCUGGUUGUUACUGGGAAUCAAGGGCUUUGCUGUCAUUUUGUUACAUGCAACUAUUUCAUUUGCUGUGGCUCAGUUUCAGCUGUCACUUCUGACAUGGUUGUGCUCCCUUAUCCUGCUAUCCACUUUACGCAUACCAGCUGUGGAAGAAGCCAAGAGGAAGUGGUACGACACCGAAAACGAGUAUUACCUGCUGCUCUUCACUGUGUCUGUCCGCUGCCUUUUCUGCACUAGCUUCAGCCUGGAGUACUGCUGGCAUGGACCUGCCCAGAAGUCAUCCCACUCAUUCCUGUGGAUGCUGGCAUACGUGUUUUAUUAUCCCACAUUCCACAAUGGGCCCCUUAUGAACUUUGAUGAAUUCAGUAAGCAGAUGAGGAGACAAGAAGCCUUCAGUUUGAAGACCAAUCUCAGCAUCUUAAUCGUGGGCAUAAUUCGUAUUUUCUUUUGGUGGUUCCUGGCUGAGCUGAUGAUUCACCUCAUGUAUAUCCAUGCUCUCUACAGCAGUGCCCCACCUUUGGAAGCUGCAUCAUACUGGGCCUUGGGUGGCCUGGCUUUAGCUCAAGUACUGUUUUUUUAUGUGAAAUACCUUGUUCUGUAUGGUGUUCCUGCCCUCCUCCUUCAAAUGGAUGGUCUCAAACCUCCAGCUCUGCCUUGCUGUGUGAGCCUGAUGCACAGUUUCACUAAAAUGUGGAGAAGUUUUGAUGUCGGGCUACAUCGCUUUCUGGUCAGGUACAUUUAUGUUCCGAUGGGAGGAUCUCAGUCCAGUCUGCUGGGAACGCUCUUUUCCACAGCCCUCACUUUUGCCUUUGUAAGCUAUUGGCACGGAGGACAGAGUUAUCUGUGGUACUGGGGCGCACUUAAUUGGCUUGGAGUAAUUGUGGAAAAUGGCGUCAAGAGGAUACUUUCUGUUUCAGUUAUUCAAGAUUUAAUUGAGCGUUUCUUCUCACCAAGAAUUCGUCGUCGACUUCAUGCUGUCCUAGCAUCUGUUAGCACUUCAAUGUUGAUUUUAUCAAAUCUAAUAUUUCUUGGAGGAAAUCACGUUGGAAAAAUCUACUGGAACAGGAUCUUUGUGGAAGUGGAUCUGUUACCAAACCUUCUGACUAUUGAGGACAAGGUUUGA